UCGACGCUAGCGAGUCGGCAUACGCUUCCGUUGCGUAUUUCCGGUUGGAGACAAAAAGAGGCGUACAAGUGGCACUCGUCGGCGCAAAAACCAAAGUAGCUCCCUUGAAAACAAUCUCGAUCCCUAGACUGGAACUGAAAGCGGCCGUCCUAGGGACACGCAUGCUGGAGAUCAUCCAGAACCAGCACGAGUUCUCGAUUCGUCGUCGGUAUUGCUGGAGCGAUUCUGGAACAGUACUUGCGUGGAUUCGCUCCAAGGAUCACAGGCGUUUCCACAAAUUUGUCGCCGUCCGUGUCGGCGAAAUCCUAAGUUAAACGGAGCAAACCGAAUGGAAAUGGGUGCCGACGAAGCUCAACGUAGCCGACCUAGCAACCAAGUGGGGUGCCGGACCGCAUUUGGCAAUGGAUAGUCCUUGGUUCCAGGGGCCAAACUUUCUUCGCGAUACCGAGGCUAGCUGGCCGCAACAGCGGCAGAUAACGCCAACGACUGAAGAACUGCGGACUGUCCAUUCCAACUUCGCACAUUUCGAUCCAAUCUUUGACUUUGCUCGCUUCAAUUCAUGGGCAAAACUGCAUCGCUCAGUGGCGUACAUACUACGGUUCCCUGACAACCUCAGGCGGAAGAAGAGUGGUCGUACUCUAGAGCUCGGCGUACUUACUAGUGCCGAACUGCGGCGCGCCGAAGAACUCCUCUGGAAAACCGCUCAAACCGAAGUGUACCCUAAUGAAGUUGCGAUUCUUAUGAAAUCUCAAGGUCCUCCCGAACUCCGUCACAACGUAGUAGAGAAAUCCAGCAGAAUCUACACCAAGUGGCCAUAUCUUGAUGAGAGAGGAAUCUUGCGCAGUCGUGGCCGAAUCGGAGCCGCACCGUACGUACCGUUAGAAGCAAAAUAUCCAGCAAUUCUCCCAAAAGAGCAUGUUGUCACCUUUCUGGUUGUCGACUGGUACCAUCGUCGGUUUCGUCACGCCAAUCGAGAGACGAUUGUGAACGAGAUUCGCCAGCGCUUUGACAUCCCGACAUUGAGACGACUGGUCGACCAAGUUGCCAAGAACUGCGCAUGGUGUCGAAUUGCAAAGGCGGCUCCAAAACCACCAGCGAUGGCGCCGCUCCCAGAAAUGCGGCUGACUGCCUUUGUGCAACCGUUCGUGUUCACCGGGCUGGAUUACUUCGGUCCAGUUCUCGUCAAGUUAGGCCGAAGCAAUGUGAAACGGUGGGUGGCACUCUUUACCUGCUUGACCACCAGAGCUAUCCACUUGGAGGUAGUGCACUCCUUGAGCACGGAGUCGUGCAUAAUGGCGGUACAACGUUUCGUCUCUCGUCGUGGUCUUCCAAGAGAAUUUUGGUCCGACAACGCCACAUGCUUUCAAGGAACGAGCAACGAACUACAGACGAUUUCCGAAGCUACGAAGCAGGCCAUGGCCGAGAAGUUUACCACACCGCAGACAACAUGGAAAUUCAUCCCUCCUGCAACACCCCAUAUGGGCGGUUUAUGGGAGAGACUCGUGCGCUCUGUCAAGGUAGCCAUCGGAGCGAUAAUUGAUGGACCGCGUAGACCGGAUGACGAAACACUUGAGACGAUUCUGCUUGAGGCUGAAUCAAUGAUCAACGCCAGACCGCUCACCUACGUUCCACUAGAAUCCGCAGAUGAGGAGGCGCUGACGCCCAACCAUUUUCUAUUGGGCAACUCGUCUGGUUCCAAGUUUCUCCCUGCAGAACAAAUGGACAUCCGUUCAACACUCCGAAGCAGCUGGAAACUGGCCAGAUUCAUUACCCAUGAAUUCUGGAAUCGGUGGCUAAAGGAAUACCUUCCUGUUAUUACGCGGAGAUGCAAGUGGUUUCAGGAAGUAAAGGACCUGGAAGUAGGAGAUCUUGUUCUAGUCGUCGACGGGAAGAUAAGGAACCAGUGGAUUCGAGGACGGAUCGAAGAUAUCUACCCUGGCCGGGAUGGUAGAGUGCGGCAGGCGAUGGUGCGAACGUCGACAGGGGUCAUCCGAAGAGCAGCCACGAAGUUAGCUGUUCUGGACGUCUUGGAGAAGCGUAAACCUACCCCCGGUGUUCCAGAAAUCCCAGAGCCUCAGCAAGGUUUACGGGCGGGGGUAUGUGCCGACACGACCCCUGGCUCUGGCAACACUAACCGGCACAGCACUACGACGAUCAAUGACAGCGUGAACCAACAUGACAUGAGUCUCACACGUCAUGUUGCGACCCUCGAUGAUAAUCUGAAAGUGCGUUGUCAUCAUAGCAAUCAGAAAGUUUUAGCUAAUAAGCGAAAUUUGUUAAUCUAGUUCGAAAUCUAUUUGCCGUUUAUAUUUUCCAUAUAAUUUGAUAUCCUAGUGCUAAACCGAUCCGCAGAUCCAUAGUUCCUGAAUUUGUAAACCAAAUAGACUGCGAUCGAUUAGUCACUCGUGCGAGGAUAGACGACCCAGACCUGCUAUCAAACGAAAAGGUCACCAAAUUUGUAAGAAUUCUACUUCAAUAUGCCAAUCAGAUUACGCUAAUAAAUCUACUCUUUUAGCUUGAAGCUAACCUUCCGUGAGAAACCGAGUUUGCUUUCUUGAGUUGGUAUCGCCUAACCCCACAUAUACCAUAUUUCAAUA